UUGAACCUUCUCUACUCACCUUUGUAGUCCCUGCCGUCAAAAUACUCAUUUCCAUCGCCUCUCUCCUUCUUCCUUUGCCCCCAAAAAAAUGAAGCGCUUCAUGCUCCCAAGAAACCCUCUCAUGGACGCAGUAGAGCUUCCUUCUUCGCCAAGCCCAACCCCAACUACCAGCUCUACCAAACCCCGUCCCUCUUCUUGCAAACACAAACCCUCCAAAGAGAACGACACUCCCUCUUUCAUUACUCCCUCCCCUGCCAAAUUGAAGAGCCCCUUGCCCUCGAGACCCCCUUCUUCCAACCCUCUCAAGCGCAAGCUCACCGCCGUCGAUGCCGUAACCAACAAUUCCCUCCCUGCACCCUCCGAUUUCGGCAUCAAGGUUGUUGUUAAUGCGGAAAUGGUUGAGUACUAUGAUAUUUCCAAUUGCUAUAUUCUGAGGCCUUGGUCAAUGGCAAUAUGGGAGAUCAUGCAAGUUAGUUUCUUCUUCUUUUUAUUUUUUAGAUAAAUGAA